AGAGCAAAGGCGACUAAAUGACACAGGAAAUAGACAGAAGCUUAGCGGAAGUACCGUGAGAGCUCGGUGAUUUGUUUUUGGAUGUCUGGAUUAAAACAAAGAGUUUAUUUUUCUUUCUAACGAAUUUGUAUGUUAUACGACAAUGAAAAAUGGGCAGGUAAUCUUCAUUUAACCUGAUUAUAGGUGGCAGUGUCUAUACAAACUAAUCCAUCACAUCUGUGAUAUUAGACGGUCAUUCAGGACUCCCAAAGUCCUUGCCCGUGGCCACCAGCAUGGCUAACAGCACCCCAAUAAUAGUGAAGGGUCUGACCUCAGGUCCUGCAGGCAGGAGUAGUCCGGAGGGAUCUCAGGUCCUCAGUAAGAAGAAGCUGCAAGACCUAGUGAGAGAAAUUGAUCCAAAUGAACAACUGGAUGAAGAUGUUGAGGAGAUGCUGCUUCAAAUUGCAGAUGAUUUCAUAGAAAGUGUAGUGACAGCAGCGUGUCAGCUGGCACGUCAUCGCAAAUCCAAUACGCUGGAGGUUAAAGAUGUUCAGUUACAUCUAGAGCGUCAGUGGAACAUGUGGAUUCCAGGUUAUGGAUCAGAUGAAAUCAGACCAUUCAAGAAAGCUUGUACUACAGAGGCUCACAAACAGAGAAUGGCACUGAUUCGCAAGACAACCAAAAAGUAGCACAAGAAAGCUAUUAUGUUGUACUAACUUUGUGUAUUAUUUUUUUUUCUGGUUAAUGAAAUAAAAGUGGUGAUGGUGAGGGGUGUUUUUUUUCUUUCUGAAUAUAAAUUGUAAUAUUGUCUCCCUAACAUUUGACUGUCUUGCAAAAAUCAUCUUAUGAAAAUUGGUAUUCAUAUUUUGUUCUGUUUCAUUACCACUAGCUAAGACUGGCAGAACUCCAACUUAAAAUCUUUGUCAGUAAAAAAAAAAUUUAUGGAUUUUUUUUUUUUGUAUUCAAUAUUGCUGUCUUUGGUUUUGCUUUUGAUACUGUUGAGCAUGUUUUUGUGAGUGUUACUGACUCUUCAGCCUUCUAAAAAUGAUUUGUAAUAUUUUGCCAAGGUACAUGUUAAGCAUGGAAGAGUUCCUCUGUUUACUCACUGUACUUUGUAUUCCCCUUUCCAUUUUCUGACAGUUAUUGAAUUUUCAGUGUCUAAAUAAAAGGAUGCUGGUAAAAAGCAAAAUGA